AUGGCACCUAAGGCUUCUAGCUCAUCGAGCAAAAAGAAGAGUAGCUCAAGCAGUUCAGACGAGAUCAAGACACCAAAGUUCAAACUUCCAACAACGUUUAUUACGAGACCAAGCAAUAAGAAUGAUGACCGCUCGAUCUGCAACGUGUAUUUAAGCAAGAAGGUGAUGAAGGCUUUGGAAAUCGAUGCUGCAAGCAUGUGUGUGGUUGGGAAGCUCAGUGAGAGUGGAGUUGUUGCGAUCGCACACCCAGGAGAUGAUUCAAUGCCUGAUAAUGUCGUACAAAUUUCGGACUCUUUGAGAGCAGUUGGUAAUAUAAUUCUCGGCGAUCGGUUGGAGCUCAAAAAAGUUACACUGCAGCCAGAAUAUGCUACGAGCGUAACUUUAGGAUCUAGACAAGGCGUGGAAAUACCAGCCGCUGCCACGAAAAUGGUAGAAAAGUUGCUGGAUGAAUGCGGCCUUGUCAUGCCAGGAAUGGUCUUUCCCUGUCGUCGAAUUUCUGACGAUCUUGAAUUGGAUCUCGUAGUGAUAGACAUUAAUGAUAUGACUGCCGAAGACUUACCGAGCAUCUCAAAAUUGUCGCUUGACUCCGCAGAAAGCCAGGUAUUCUACUUGUCACCGCCUGGUAUAUUUCGUAAAGGAUCUACGAGCGUUACGCUAAGUCUUGAAGCUAGCCCACCUAUUAAGUAUGGUCUCCCACAACCUAUCAGCUAUAAUAGCGUUGGUGGUCUGCGGAAAGAAAUUGAUGUGCUAAAACGGACUAUUGAACUACCACUUCAUCAGCCAACGCUGUUUGCAGAAUUUGGAGUUACGCCACCAAGGGGAAUUUUAUUGCACGGGCCACCUGGCACUGGAAAGACUAUGUUGCUUAGAUGCGUGGCUAGCGAGGCCAAUGCUCAUAUUUUGACUAUAAACGGUCCAUCAAUAGUGUCGAAAUACCUUGGUGAGACUGAAGCAGCGCUUAGAGAUAUGUUCAACGAGGCUAGAUUAUAUCAGCCUUCCAUCAUUUUUAUUGACGAAAUUGACUCUUUGGCGCCUAGCAGAUCUAGCGAUGAUUCGGGAGAGGUAGAAAGCAGAGUAGUCGCCACUUUAUUAACCUUAAUGGAUGGCAUGGGAAGUUCUGGACGGGUUGUAGUUGUUGCAGCUACCAACAGACCCAAUGCCGUCGACCUGGCUCUGAGGAGGCCAGGGCGACUAGAUCAGGAGGUUGAAAUUGGUAUCCCAGACGUCGAUGCCAGGCACGACAUCCUUAUAAAGCAAUUUGGAAAAGUGUCAGAGAAACGUCAUGAAUUGACAGCAGCGGACAUACAGCUCAUCGCGUCAAGGACCCAUGGCUACGUGGGAGCAGAUUUGGUAGCUUUGUGUCGAGAAGCAGUAAUGAAGACACUUCAAAGAGGUGUCAUUCAAAACCUGAGCAAAGACGUUCUAAAAAUUACUUUGAGAGAUGUAGAGGAUGCGAUGACAGAAAUUCGUCCAAGUGCUAUGAGAGAAAUCUUUCUCGAGAUGCCAAAAGUCUACUGGUCCGACAUUGGCGGUCAAAAUGAACUCAAAUUAAAAAUGAAAGAGAUGAUUCAACUACCUUUAGAGCAGUCUGAAUCUUUUCUGCGGCUGGGUGUGUCUGCCCCCAAGGGCGUUCUUCUAUAUGGUCCUCCUGGUUGCUCCAAAACUCUGACAGCAAAGGCUUUGGCCACGGAAUCUGGCAUCAACUUUCUCGCAGUGAAAGGUCCCGAGAUAUUCAACAAAUAUGUUGGUGAGUCUGAGAGAGCUAUUAGGGAAAUUUUCAGAAAGGCUCGGGCAGCCGCCCCCAGCAUCAUCUUUUUUGAUGAAAUCGAUGCUUUGUCGCCGGACAGAGACUCCGGAGGCUCCACUUCAGCCGCCAGUCAUGUUUUAACGUCUUUGCUAAACGAGAUUGAUGGUGUAGAAGAAUUAAACGGAGUUAUUAUUGUUGCAGCCACUAACAGACCAGAUGAAAUCGAUUCAGCGCUGUUGAGACCUGGCAGAUUGGACCGUCACAUUUAUGUCGGGCCGCCAGAUUUUGAAGGCAGGCUUCAAAUUCUUCAGCAAAAGACUAAAAGUUUCAAAAUUGAAGAUUCAGAAGUCACACUACAAGAUCUGGCCCAUAGAACGGAGGGUUGCUCUGGUGCAGAGGUGGUACUCCUAUGCCAGGAGGCUGGUCUUGCCGCUAUUAUGGAGGACCCAGAGACUGACCGAGUUCAGCAAAACCAUUUCGAAAAAGCGCUCAAUGGUAUUUCUCGGGGCAUAAAUCAAGAGAUGCUAGAUUACUAUUUUGAAUUCCAAUCACGCAGCGGCAUCUCAAGGUAA